AUGGCGCCUCUACCGGGUUCAACUCGCAGCCGCACCACUCCACUCACCUCCGCAUCCUCAUCUGCAUCUGGCUCCAACAUCCCAACCCAGCGAAGUAUCCAAGAGGUAGAUCCAGCAACAGGCGCAGGAGGCGGUGUUACCUCAGGCCAGGGAGCCGGACAACAGCAAGCCGGACAGGGACAAGCCAGACCGAGACGAGCCGAAAAGCGGCAAGCCGGACGGGGAGAAGCCGGACGAGGAGAGGCCAGACAAGGACAAUCCAGGCAGGGACAAGCAGCAUUGCCUUUAUCAGCCGUCGGACAGCCGACAGUUCAUGGUCAUGAUCCUCAUGCACGAAAAGCAGAACAGGCACAAGCAGCAGCGGGCUCACCGUCACAUCUCAGGGAAACGACUCUUCGCGCGUACGAUUCUCCUGGCGACAGAGCAAGGCAGGCCGAAGCAGCGGCGGGCUCACCGCCAGGUCUCAGGGAAACGACUGUUCGCACGUAUGGUUCUUCUGGCGACAGACUAAGGCAGGCCGAAGCUUUAGCGGGGCCAUCAUGGCAGGUUGGAGAAACAACGACUCGUGUGUACGGUUCUUACGCUGACGCAGUAAGACAGGUACAGGCAGCAACGCGCGAGGAGCAACCGGUCGAUGCGCUGAGCUGGCGUUUGGGUGAAGUGGUGAUUGAUGACGGUCCAACCCCGUGUCGAAGGCCGAUAACAACCACACGUCACGGAGACGGAACGGUUGUGGCGGCGGCGGCGGGAGGAGGAGGAGGAGGAGCAUCUCCCUCGUCAUUACGAGUGUACGGUGCUUCUGGAGAUUACAGAGUCUACACCCAGGAGGAGCGGAACGUUGUUCUCAAGCUGUUGGAUGAGGGUAAGAAUGUGUACUAUGUCGCUAAGAUGACAGGCGUCAUCAUCAAGACCGUGCAAAAGUGGCAGAAGUGGCAGCGGGAGAUGCAGCAGGGGCUGUGA